UUCUGACACAUUGCAACAUCCAUAGGAAAGUGAACACGCGUAGCAAUCAAUAUGUCCACGUGACCUGUCUUUUUCAGUUCUCUUUCAACUCGCAACUAGAGUAAUUGCAAAUGCAAAAUGUGGAAAAGUGUAUUUUAUAGCAAAAUCAUAAUAUUUUGCGUUUAAGUUAUUGUGUUACCGUUUACAAAAUGCCACCAUCGAUUGGUGUUAAUUUACGUGUGACUGGACACUGCAGUCAAGGCGGGAGAAAGUAUAUGGAAGAUUUGUUUUCCGUUGCCUAUCAACAAACGGAAGACGAAAGGGACUUGGAGUACGCUUUCUUCGGUAUAUACGAUGGCCAUGGAGGAAGCGAAGCUGCAGCCUUUGCAAAGGAACAUUUAAUGGAUUCUAUUGUGAAACAACGGCAAUUCUGGUCGGACAACGACGAAGACGUCCUAAAAGCCAUUCGUAAUGGUUACAUGUUGACCCACUUGAACAUGUGGAAAGAACUAGAAAAAUGGCCCAAAACUGUGACGGGGCUGCCAAGCACGGCGGGGACCACAGCCAGCGUGGCGUUCAUCCGCCGGGGAAAGAUAUACAUAGGGCAUGUGGGUGACUCCGCAAUAGUGCUGGGAUAUCAGAAAGAGGGUUGUGAAGAGUGGGCGGCAAAACCGCUAACAUCAGAUCAUAAACCAGAAUCGAGUGCAGAAAUAGAAAGGAUUCAAAGAUGCGGGGGCAAGGUGAUCACCAAGGCGGGUGUGCCGCGCGUCGUAUGGAACAGACCCCGCCUCGGGCACAAGGGACCAAUCAAGAAGAAUACUCCUAUGGACGAGAUACCAUUCUUAGCUGUGGCAAGGUCACUUGGCGACCUUUGGAGCUACAACCCACAAAACGAUGAAUUCAUCGUCAGUCCUGACCCGGAUGUGGGAGUGUUGACCAUAGACCCGGCCAAGUUCAGAUGUUUAAUAUUUGGUACGGACGGGUUGUGGAACAUGAUGUCUGCGGAGGGUGCGGUGGCGCUGGUGCAGGCGACGGAGCGACACAACGAGGCCGCGCUGCUGGGCGCCGCCGGGCCCCCGCGCGACUGGCUCAACCCCUCCAAGAGCCUCGUCGACCACGCUCUCGAGAGAUGGUCCAAUACGCGAAUGAGGGCAGACAAUACGUCAGUGGUGACCUUGAUGCUGGACCCUCCGGGCCCGCCGCGCGCCACCGUGUUGCGCUCGCGCACCGGCGCCGCGCACCGCCCGCACCUCGCCGCGCCAUCCCUCGCGCACCCGCAAGGCUCGCCGCCUCCGCAUCCACCGCCCGCCUCCGCCUCCGCCUCCGCCUCCGCUGCACCCGCUGCUCCCGCCACGCACGAUGCACCCGCAACACCCGCAACACCCGCAACGCCCGCCACACCUCCAAACGGCGACGGCGACUCGCGUCAAGUGCCACAGAAUGGCCUCACCAUCAUGACGCGGUACUCCGAAGUCGACAAGCCUGCGUCGACGCCGGACGCCGCAGACAAGACACCGUUGCCUCCGUGUGCCACCCUAGACGGUCGCUUCUCUGUACCCAGCCGGGAGGAGACGCCGCGCGAGGAUGUCGAAGACGCGAUCACUAAUUAUGGGAAUCCGGCGGAAUCUUACUUCAUGGCGCGGCUGUUAAAUCGAAGUCGCGUCGUCAACACUCUGUCGGAGGUGUACGAGGAGAUCGUGAACAGACAGACGUCGGACCGCUCGGAGGCCCCCGAGGCGCCGCCCGCCACCGCGCUGCCCGAGGCGGCGGGGAAUGACGCCGCCCCUCCUGCGUCAGACCGCCGCGUCGAUGCGGUCCCCGAGCCGCCCCCCGCGACCACCUCGCCCGUCCGCCCGGAACCCGACGGCGGCAUCCAGAUCAACGAAGUGUCGUCUAGUUCGCCCACCGACGCCCCGAGACCUCGCGGCCGCAAGCCGAGGGGCGACGCGAGGCGCGAAGUCGUCCCCAACGACCGAGUCCUGCGCUCGCACCCCCACCACGAGCCCGACGCCCCCGGUCGGCCGCACACUCGCCAAACUCGCGGCAAGAACAUCGAGCGCGUCGUCAUCCUGACGCGACGUCCGCCCCCCAAGGCCGAGCGCGGGGAUCGCUCCCCUGCGGUGGAGGCCCGGGGCGUCGGGCGCCGCGCGGCGGACCCCGGCGAGGAGGAGGCGCGCCGGACGCGUUCGCAGUUCGCUUCGGGAAACUGCGCGCGCGCCCCGGGGCCGGCGCGGCGUGCCGCGGCGGCGCGCGGGGCGCACUACAAGGAGAACCUGUGCGGGAGGACGCGCGCACGCACCGCGCCCGCGCCGCGCCAGCGCGCUCGCCGCGCCCCUAGCGACGAGGUGCACUCCACGACGGGGUGGGCGCGCGCUCUGCGUUCUCGCAACGACGGGGAACCGCACGCCGCUGUGGGCCCGCAGCCGCCCAGCAGCGCGCCCACAGCGCCCCCGGCGAAGCGCGCGCGCUGCGAGGCGGUGACGCCGGCGGCGGCGAGCGCGGGCAAGCGGGCGGGGCCGUGGCCGACGCUAACGUUACGAAACCGCUUACGUCGCCGCCUCGCCAAAUAGUAGCGGCACGCGCCGGAGUGUUACAAGUGCAAGUGCAAGUGGACAGACAUAUGAGAUUUAUUUGUUUAAGUAACGUUGUGGUGUAAUCGCAAUGCGCCUCCGCUACAUUGUAGCGCCACCUGUCGUCGUUUACAACAAGCGCUCCUACAUUGUUGUAACAUUUAGUCAGACAAUGUCGGGGGCGGGAGUAAUGUGAUGUUACCUGCGAGUGCGGGAGCAAUGGUGCCUUGUCUAGUACUGCCAAAGUACUGUUUUGAACUUUAAAUAUUUUAUAUGGGAGUGCGAGCUGAUAUAUAUAUCCAAAGAUGACUGCUUUGUAUACGGUUAGACUUGUGUUGUUAUUAUUUUGUAUUUUGUUAGUCGGCCGAGCGGCGCCAUGCUGCGUCAUGCUGCGCCAUGCUGCGUCAUGCUGCGCCAUGCUGCGCUCGCGGAGCUGCGUUGGAAUCAAUAGUACAAAGAGUUAUUGACUAGUUAGAUAGAUAAGGCGACGACGAGGACCACGCAAUGAAUUAGCCCAAAUAGAUAUUUAUUUUGUCUAUAUUUAUAGCACAUCAUAUUGCAUUUAAGUUUAGGAGCCAGGAAAUGUGAUUUCCGCAACUCAGAGGCUACGUCUGAACUUUGAGAUGAAUUUGUUACAGAGCCACGAAACGUAUAUACCGAGACUUUCUCAAAAAUCUAAAUAUUUAUAUAAAGAUAAAGAAUUUAGCUAAAAUUACGAAAAGUAGAUUUUGUACAUUAAUUAAACAUUUACAUUUUAUCUUAUUUUGUAAUUAGAGUGGUUAUUCUUUUAGGAAAAGAAUUAUGUUUUAUUAUUUGGUUGACAAAGAGAGUUAUAUUGUAAGAUAUGAAGCAGGCAACAGUGAAUUGAGACGAAACUAGUUGCCUUAUUGUGCGGGGAGCGGUCGGGGGAAGACCAAUCUCUUGUUAGUAUAAGUAGAGGUUUGCUUUUGUAAAUGUCAAAGUUAAGUAUAUUGUGAUGAUGAAACCAUUGACUUAUAUUUUAUUAUCAUAGUGAAGAGUGAAUCAGACGCAGAUCAGCAACAGUGACUUGUUGGUGUGUGUGU